AUGGGUCAAGGAGCCGGUCUUCUCGCCCCGUUUGCUCAAAGUUCCUCUUUCUUCAUCGGCUUCCCCUUCACAGCUAUCGUCGUCAACAUCCCCCAAAGUCUGCAAGCCGUUUACGGAUAUUCUCCCCAAAAAGCCGGAAUUGCUCUUCUGCCACUGCUUCUCUUGUCGCCCGUAGCGACCGCCGUGUCUGGGUACCUGACAUCUAGCAGGAACAUUCCGCCGGUCUAUGUCAUUCUCGUGGGGUCGGUUUUCCAGCUCAUUGGCGUAGGCCUGACCUGCUUGCUUCCGAUCCUGCCCAUUAAGGGCGCAGACGACGCUCAUGUUCCAGCGAGCCAGUACGGCUUUGAAGCGAUCAUGGGCAUUGGCUUUGGCUCGACUCUGAGUACGAUCUUGACAUUGGCGCCUUUGGUGGUGGAUUCUACGGAUCUUCCCGUAAUGAUGGGUGCUCUCACCCAAGUCCGUGUCCUCGGAGGAACAAUUUCCCUCGCGGUUUGCUCAACCCUACUCAACAACCACGUCGAAAGCAGGCUCCCGAGCCUUCUGGAUCCUUCACGUGUCACGGAGAUAUCCGAAUCUCUUUCUGCGAUCCAAAACCUCCCAUCAGAAGAGCAGAUUGCUGUCAGGAGAAUCUAUGCAGAAGGAUAUAACAAGCAAAACAUAUUGCUGACUGCUUUCUCUGGCAUUGCGUUUAUCUCUUGCUUGUUGCUGUGGGAGAGACCUCCUAGAAGACCAACGUCUACACCUGCGGAAGUAGCUUCCAAGUCCUAG